GAGGAGUGAGAAGGUGGAAAGGUGGAAACAAACAGCUUCUUUUGCUCAAUCUGUAGUACAAUCAAGGUUGAUUGUACUUGCAGGCAGUACAUUCUUCAGUUUGUGGUCACUCUCUAAUUACCCAUAAAAACUACUUUGAUGAAGUUGAUAUAUUGCCAUUGAUUUUGUUCCUGUGAUUUGGAGCUGGUUAUUGAAGCUGUUGCUGAGAAUUCUAAUUGGUUUCAAGGUUUGUUUGUGAAUUCUUAUCUAAAGUUUGGUUUUUUCACAGUGUGAUAGAAAAAGUUGGGAACUUUAGGAAUGGAGGAUCAAAAGGAGAGGGAGGAGAUUGAGAAAGGUGAGGACUUGGAGGUCCAGGAGAAGGAAAGAGGAACUGAGGAUUGGAAGAAGAUCCCUCCUUGGUCCAAACAGCUGACAUUGAGGGGCGUGGUGGCAAGCAUCGCCAUUGGGAUCAUGUAUAGUGUUAUAGUGAUGAAGCUCAACCUCACCACUGGCCUUGUUCCGACGCUCAACGUCUCGGCUGCGCUCUUAGCCUUUGUCUUUCUUCGGACAUGGACUAAGUUGGCCGGAAAGGUUGGGUUCAUCUCCACACCGUUCACUCGGCAAGAGAACACCGUUGUGCAGACUUGUGCUGUUGCUUGUUAUAGCAUUGCUGUUGGAGGUGGAUUUGGCUCUUAUCUAUUGGGAUUGAACAAGAAGACAUACGAGCAGGCAGGGGUGGAUACAGAGGGGAAUGCACCAGGGAGCUACAAGGAGCCUGGGAUGGGUUGGAUGACUGGUUUUCUCUUUACUGCGAGUUUUGCUGGUCUUCUGGCUUUGGUUCCUCUCAGGAAGAUAAUGAUCAUUGAUUACAACUUAUCUUACCCAAGUGGAACAGCUACUGCUGUUCUCAUCAAUGGCUUCCACUCUCCUGAUGGUAAUGAAAUGGCAAAAAAGCAGGUUCAUGGAUUUGCAAAGUACUUCACAAUCAGUUUCCUCUGGAGUUUCUUUCAGUGGUUCUUCUCUGGGGGAGAUGUUUGUGGCUUCUCUCAAUUCCCAACUUUUGGGCUAAAAGCUUGGAAACAAACAUUUUUUUUUGAUUUCAGCCUCACUUACGUUGGAGCAGGAAUGAUUUGUUCCCAUCUGGUUAAUCUGUCUCUUCUUCUUGGAGCAGUGCUUUCAUGGGGUGUAAUGUGGCCUCUUAUAAGCGAACUCAAAGGGGAUUGGUACCCCAAUACUUUACCAGAAAGCAGCAUGAGAAGCUUGCAAGGCUACAAGGUUUUCAUCUCUAUAGCACUUAUCCUAGGAGACGGUCUCUACAACUUCUUCAAAAUCUUUUAUUUAUCCACAAGGAGCAUGCAUGAAAGAUCCAAAUGCAAAUUCCUCAAAACAGUGGCAGAUCGGGAUAGUUUCGCAAUUCAUGAUGAUUUCAAGCGCAAUGAGCUUUUCGCAAGAGAGACCAUUCCUUUAUGGCUAGCUUUCUCAGGCUACGUCUUCUUCACCGUAAUUUCUGUCAUUGCAAUACCACUAAUGUUUUCUCAGGUGAAGUGGUACUAUGUCAUCACAGCUUACAUCCUCGCUCCUGCUCUGGGCUUCUGCAAUGCUUAUGGCGCAGGUCUCACAGACAUGAACAUGGCCUACAAUUAUGGAAAAGUGUCUCUAUACAUUCUUGCAGCUUGGGCGGGAAAAGACUCCGGAGUGGUUGCAGGCCUUGUUGGCUGUGGACUAAUCAAAUCAGUAGUAUCCAUUUCGGCCGACCUGAUGCAUGACUUCAAGACCGGCCAUCUCACAAUGACAUCCCCCCGCUCGAUGCUUCUAAGCCAGGCCAUUGGAACAGCAAUAGGAUGUGUUGUUGCCCCUCUAACCUUUUUCCUCUUCUACAAAGCCUUUGAUGUCGGGAACCCCGAAGGAAGUUUCAAGGCUCCUUAUGCUUUAAUAUACCGAAACAUGGCAAUUCUCGGUGUUGAGGGCUUCUCUGCACUCCCACAACACUGCUUGCAACUUUGUUAUGGAUUCUUUGGCUUCGCCCUCGCCGCUAAUAUGAUGAGAGAUCUUUUCCCAGUCAAGUAUGGUAGAUGGGUGCCUUUGCCAAUGGCCAUGGCAGUACCAUUCUUGGUUGGUGCCAGUUUCGCGAUCGAUAUGUGUGUUGGCAGCUUAAUUGUGUUUGCUUGGGACAAGCUUAACAGCAAGAAGGCUGCUUUGAUGUUGCCUGCAGUUGCUUCAGGCUUGAUUUGCGGUGACGGACUAUGGAUUCUUCCGUCUUCUUUGCUUGCACUAGCAAAGAUUAAUCCUCCUAUAUGCAUGAGAUUUGUGUCUACUUAAGUUUGGAAGAUGAACUAGAAGUGAUUCUUCUUACAAUGAUUUGGAGAGGCUUGAACUUGAUGUUCAGUAAAAGAAUUUGGAGACUUUGAGAUGGGCUUCAAGAAGUUCAGUCCUAGAAGUUGCUAAUCCGAAUAUAAGGAAAGCAGCUCAAGAAUUGGUCUUUGAAGCAAUUGGAGUAAAGUAAUUUAGUAGGCAUAAAAUGUUGUUCGUUGUCGAUGCUAUAAACUUACUAUGAAAAAAGUACUGAAAAGUAUAUAUUUACAUUUAGAUAUAUCAUUUGUAUUGCAAACAAGAGAAAUGAAUAGAAUGCAAUAUUUACAGGCUUAUCUUGA